AGAAAAAAGAACAAUAACUGGUAAAAGAAUACAGGAAUACAGCACUAGUUUUGAAACCAAAAGAAAAAAAAACAAUGUGCUGAGCACCAAAGUCACCAAUAUACCAAAUACCUGUGUAAAAACCCUACCUCACCUUCCAGAAUAUUCCAACUCUCUUUUCUCUCUCCUCCUCGUCGGCGCCGAUGAAGAGACCUUCGUCGGCGGCAAUGGUGGAUUCGCCGUACUUCCCACCACCUGCACCACCAAAUCAUCGGAAGAAGAAAACGAGGGAUUUGCCGAAUUUAUCCGACUGCCAUUGUUGUAAUCGUCGAAUCAAUUGUACCAACCCUAAAAAUCGGCUUCUAACGCUAGCCAGUGAGUGGCGAGUCGUUCUUCUUUGUAAAUGUUGUUACAAUCUUGUAAAAUCGUCGCAGUAUUGCUCGUAUUGUUUAACUAGGGUUUCAUCUUCGCCAAUGGAGUCGUUCUAUGAGUGCAAGAGUUGCCGACGGAGGAUUCACAAGGCGUGCAUUUCGAUGUUUCCUCAUGGUUCAGGUAAUGAUGAUAGUAGUAGCAAUGAUUUCUCGGUUUGUUUUGAUUGUUGGAUUCCGAAAUUGAUUGAGAAUGAUUAUAAAGCUAGGGUUAUUGGUAGUAGAAAUAAGAGUAAAUUGGUGAAAACUGGAGAUGAUUUGACAAAUUCGUUAGGGAGUUCUGGGGUUUGUGAUUCACAGGGUAUGGGGAGAGGUGAGGACGUGUUGAAUGAUGCUCAUGUUGAAGCUCACAGAAAAAUUAUGGCUGCUCGUGAGGCGAAGGAGAAGGCUUUUAACAAAGCAGUGGUUGCAAAGAAGGCAAUGGUGCUAGCCAGUAAAGCUGUGGGUUUGGUUGCCAUAGAUAAGGAUGGUAAUCAACAGGGUUCAGUGGUUGAUGAGGAUGCACAAUUGGCUUUCAGAUUACACAGAGCGAUGAAUAGCUCGCCUAGAAUAUCGAGGAAUUCGUGCUUGUUGAAUACUCAAUGUGCGGAUGUGCCUGAGGUGGAUGGUUGUUCAAAUGGGUUGGGAUCACGGGCAGCUGUUGAGCCAAGUUGCUCCAGCAAACCAAAUAGUAUUGGAGGUGAUGAACGAAAUGGGUUGCCUGAAACUAGACAAGAUUGUUUGCAGAAGUGUGAGAAACGAAGUGGUUAUCUUGAUGGUCGUUUGAUUACAUAUAGCAGGAAGGGGCGGACAUCAUUGAAGGCAAAGGGCACGAAAGAACCUGAUUGUGUUCAGAGGACGAGUAGGGGGUGGUCAUCAGGAGAUGUAAAGAUGACAUAUAAAAGGAGGCUGUUUAAAGCUAAAAGGUACAAACUAGAGCUUCGUCGUUGUUUUAAAACAUAUAGCCGGAGGCACUCAGCAAUUCCACAUUGUAAAAGCAAAUCGAUCUAUGGUAGUUUUAAGUUGGAUAAUGGGACUCUUGCUCCGGCAAUUGCUUUGAAGUGUUGUGAGGAAUCAUGAGCAUUCUCUACUGCUUCUUAGCUUUGAUUCAUCUUUCUAAGCUCCAAUUUUGUGGAAGGUAUCGCAUACAGUCCUCCUACUCAUCAGUUGCUCCAGUACAGAGAAUAUAUUUUUUACUGGAUCGCUGAAGCUUGUCCUGGAUUCUGAAAAGGAGUGUCAUUGCUAAGUAGCAGGCAAAUUUUGAGGAAGAUGACUUUUGCAUGCCAAAAGGCUACCAGAGAACUUUUGAGAAAGAAAUAGUAGAGCAAUGUGUUUAGUAGAUUGCCAUAUUGGUUUUAGGAAUGUGAUGUAUCAUGUAUGUGAUACUUUGAGUAAGAUUUGUGCAGAAUCUAAUUCUUUAUCUUAACAUGCAGCUUACCAGUGGUGGCAUUGUAACCUUUUGGAAUAGAUACUAAACAAAUUAUUUCCCUAGUGGAAAAAGAAAAUUAGUGCUUCAGUUGUGUAUAUAAAUUUUUUUUGUACCCAUUUCAAGUAUAUUGACAAUACAGUGGCUUUUCUUGCUGGA